AUGAAGGAAACCACUGAAAAUGUCUCUCUGGACAGUGCCAGCUGGAGCCAGGUGGCAUGCGAGGGCUCGCCGGCCCAGGAUACUAUUUUUUGCUCUGAAGAAGAUAACAGUCUGUAUUUCACAUACAGCGGAAAACCAAACGUUCUCGAGGUCAAAGAACUCAACUACCAGAUUAAUAUGGCAUCCCAGAUUCCCUGGUAUGAAAGCCUCGCGCAGAUGAAAAUGCCAUGGACCUGGAAAUCGGAUCCUCGUUCUCAUGUGUCAAUCAUCCAGAAUCUGAAUUUAAAAGUUCAAAGUGGUCAGAUGCUAGCUAUUAUAGGAAGCACUGCUGGUGGAAAGACAUCUUUGCUUGAUGUGAUAACUUGCCGGGAUCAUGGAGGCAAAAUCAAGUCUGGUCAAAUCAUGAUCAAUAACAAACCCAGCACACCCCAGCUUGUUAAGAAAUGCAUCGCACACGUGCGGCAGGAUGACCGACUGCUCCCCCACCUGACUGUCAGAGAAACGCUAUUGUUCGUUGCCAAACUGCGCCUUCCAAAGUUUUUUUCAGACUCACAAAGGAAAAAAAGGGUAGAAGACGUUAUAGCAGAGCUACGCUUGCGUCAGUGUGCAAACACCAGGGUAGGGAACGAGUACCUCCGCGGAGUUUCGGGAGGUGAGAGGCGGAGAGUGAGCAUUGGUGUGCAGCUGCUCUGGAACCCAGGAAUACUCAUACUUGAUGAACCCACAUCUGGACUGGACAGUUUUACUGCACAUAACCUUGUGAUAACAUUAUCCAGACUGGCCAGAGGAAACAGAUUAGUCCUUCUUUCACUUCAUCAGCCCCGGUCAGACAUCUUCCAACUGUUUGAUUUAGUUCUUCUGAUGACUUCUGGAGUCACUGUCUAUUCUGGAACAGCUAAAGACAUGGUCCCAUAUUUCACAGAACUAGGCUAUCCCUGCCCAAGGUACAGCAAUCCUGCAGAUUUCUAUGUUGAUUUGACCAGUAUUGAUAAACAGACCGCAGAAAAGGAGAUGGAAAGCCGAAAAAGAGCAAAUACUCUUGCCAACUUGUUCCUAGAAAAAGUAAAAAAUUUUGAUGAUUUCUUGUGGAAAGUUACUGAAGGAGAUAAUGUUGCAACCACAUUCAGCAAGCAAAGGUCCCAUUUAAAUGCGGAAGAGGCUAUCAACAUGCCUCACCAUUCAAGUGACCAGUUACCAGGAGUCUUAAAGCAGUUCACUAUAUUAUUAAGUCGUCAAGUCUCCAAUGACUUCCGAGAUCUUUCAACGUUAUUAAUCCAUGGAUUUGAGGCCCUUCUCAUGUCGUUAUUAAUUGGAUUUUUGUACUAUGGCCAUGAGAAAACCAGACUCUCUAUUCGUGACACAACAGCACUGUUGUACAUGAUAGGUGCACUAAUCCCGUUCACAGUGAUUUUGGAUGUUAUUGCCAAAUGUCAUUCGGAAAGAGCUAUGCUUUAUCAUGAUUUGGAAGAUGGAAUGUACUCUGUUAGCCCAUACUUCUUUGCUAAGAUUUUGGGGGAGCUCCCAGAGCACUGUGCUUUUGUUAUAAUUCUGCUGAACUUCUUCUCGGUGUGGCUGGCCGUAUAUAGUGCCCGUGCGAUGGCACUUUGGGUGGCAGCACUGCUGCCGACGUUACAGCUCUCAGCCUUCUUCGGCAACGUCCUUUUCACAUCGUUCUACCUGAGUGGUGGUUUUGUGAUAAGCCUGGAAAACCUCUGGACAGUUCCAUUUUGGGUUUCUAAAAUCUCUUUUCUCAGAUGGAAUUUUCAAGGCAUGAUGCAAAUUCAGUUCACUGACCUCACAUACGAAAUGACUGUUGGAAAUACUACAUUUCAAAUACCAGGAAAACUUGUCACGGAGGCUCUGGACCUGGCCUCCCAUCCUCUCUACGUAAGCUACCUCGUCCUCGCUGGUAUCGUUUGCAGCUUCUUGCUUUUAUACUACCUCUCUCUGAGGUUCAUCAAGCAGAAAUCAAACCAAGACUGGUAA